AUGUCGGCGUCACAAAUCUUCAAGGCAAUCAACACUGCCGUGAUUACCGGCGGUGCGUCUGGUAUUGGCCUUGCACUGACCAAAAAGUGUGCCGAGGCUGGCAUGAAAGUGGUCGCAGUGGACUGGAGCGAUGAACACCUCGCUGCGCUACCAAAGAGCGUCCCAAGUGAGAAAGUCUCCACGGUGAAGGCGGACGUGUCCAAGCUGGGGGACUGGGAGGCUGUCAAGCAGGCGGUAGAAUCGAAACUAGGCGGCAAGAUCAACCUGCUCGCACUUAAUGCUGGUAUAGGCACCGCCUGCAGCUGGGCCGAUCCUGAGGCUUUCCGCACGACGAUGGACGCCAACUUCUUCGGCGUGGUCAACGGCCUCGCGGCGCUGCUGCCGACGGUUAAGAAGAGCGGCAGCGAUGGCGGCAAGGCCGCGGUGGUGAUCACGGGAUCGAAGCAGGGCAUUACCAACCCGCCAGGUAACCCGGCGUACAACGCCAGCAAGGCGGCGGUCAAGAGCCUGGCCGAGCAGCUCGACUUUGACCUGCGCGACGAGGCCGGCGUGUCGACGCACCUGCUGGUUCCUGGAUGGACGCACACGUCCAUGACGUCGAGGUCCGGGGCCGAAAAGGCGCCUGGGGCCUGGUACCCGGAGCAGGUGGUGGAGUUUUUGAUGGGCAAGAUGGACGCCGGCAGCUUCUACGUCAUAUGCCCCGAUAACGACGUCGACGAGGCCACCGACAAGAAGAGGAUGCUCUGGGCUGCUGGUGAUAUCGUCGAGGGUAGGCCGCCCUUGACGAGGUGGAGGGAUGAGUGGAAGGACAAGGCGAACGACUGGAUGAGCAAGCAGAACUUGUGA